AUGAUGAUAGGAUCAAAAGAUUUAGUAACACUAUUGUCUCUAUUGUCAGAAGAGGACAAGCCAUUGGAGACAGUGUCGACGACAUUCAAUCGUACAUUUAAUAGAGCCGAUCAGUUUAAAAUUGGAUGUGCUAUCUAUACAAUGAUGAAGGAUGGUUUCAUCAGAGUGCAGUCACAUCGAUUGAUAUCAUUCUAUAUACUCUACUCGUUAUUCAAUCAUGGUAACACUGCUGCUGCUGCUGCCGCUUCUGCAGCUUCUUCAUCAUCUGGGUUUACAUCACCAAUUCAACAAUCUGCUAAUACCACUAGUACUAGUAAUAGUAGUAACAAUAACAAUGAAAAUGAAAACGAAGAGAAAACUGGUGAUCAAGAUAAUUCAUCAAUAUUUAAUCUACCAAUUGCAUUCAAUCCUUUUCUACCAGUAUUUAUUGAUGAAUUACAAAAAUAUUUAAAUAACAACAAUAAUAAUAAUAAUCAAAAUAAUCAAAAUAAUAAUAACGAAAUACAAUCACCACAACAUAAAGCACAACAACAAGUAUUACAAUUAAGAUACAAUAGUUUAAUAGAAAAACAUUAUUUAAUUCAAUUUUUGACCAAUUUACCAAAGGACUUUUCAAAAAAAACAUCAAAAGAAUUGGUUCAACAAACACCAACCAAUGAAUUGACAGUUCCAAAUUUAAAUGAUUAUAGGAAGUUUUAUUUGGAUAAACUUGCACAUUAUUCUUUUCCUUCACUUCGUAGUAUAGGAGUAUCACCAUCCCUAUUUUUCAGUGAUUUCGAACCAAUAACGCCAUUUGCUAUUGUCCAACAACAACAAUCACCAAAACAACAACUAAAAGAUUUAAAGAUAUCCGAACAAGAAUUGAGUCUAUUUUCAUUUGAACCAGCUUUUCAUCGUCCUCCUCCACCAUUAUUUAAUCCUAUCAAUACAAUUUGGAUAAAUACAACUAUUAAUCAUGGAUUAUUAUUAUCACCACUUGCGACAUUAAGAAAUGGGUUGAUUAAUCCUAAAAAGAUUGUAAGAGAUUUAAUGUCAAAGGCGAUUAGAACGAGAUUAGCUAAAAUCCAAACACAACAAAUCAAAGUGGAAUUGGAAAACGAUCCCAAACUGGUACUCUAUUCUGGGCUUGUUCCCAAGAAACUUCCUAAUCUUGUCGAAAAUAAUACUCAAGUUGCCAUUGAAGCACUGCUUAAACUCAUUCAUUCACCCGACUUUAAAGACUAUUUCCAAGAGUUGAUAUCAAUGGAAAUGAACUAUAGGUCAAUGGAGGUGGUCAAUGCAUUGGCAACAAGUGUCGAACUGCCACAACACUUUAUUCCAAUGUACAUUAGUAACUGCAUUGCAACGUGCAAUAAUUCAAAGGACAAGGUCAUGCUGCAACGAUCCGUUCGUUUGGUUUGUGUCUUUAUACAGUCACUCAUCCGUAACAAUAUCAUCAACAUUAAGGAUCUCUUUACAGAGGUACAAAGUUUCUGUCUUGAACAUUCAAAAAUCAGAGAAGCUAUUAGCCUUUUUAAAUUAAUGAAUGAUGAAAAGACUGGUAGCAGCAGCAGUACAACAUCAACCAUUACAACAAUUGAUAAUAAAUAA